AUGUCCCAGCGCCAGGUCGUGCAGAUGUCUACCAGUCAUGCCAGCUACGGGGUCUGCGUACUGGGCAGUGAGGUCUUCCUUGACAACCAUCGAUCUACUCCUAAAGGUGCCACAUCAUUUGAUGUUCAUGCCACAUCUGCCGUCACAGUCCACAUCAUCCACAGCCCUAUGACAAAACCCAUGCUUAACUCCAGAUGGCCACUGGAUCCCGAUAUAGAGGUUGUAGUGACCGUUGGUAUCACCAGCAAGACUGUCAAUGACAAUAAGGUUAAGAUUUCAUACUACGGACGGGAAGAGAAUGAGAUUUCAGUGGCUUGGUUGUACCUCACCUGUGUAGAUAUAUCCCUGGACGUGGACGUGAGUCGUAAUGGCAGAGUGAGGAGCAAAGGGAAGGACAAGGCCAAGUGGACAUGGGGACCAGAUGGACAAGGGGCUGUGCUGUUGGUCAACUGCGACAAGGACAGCCCCAACACGGUGGGGACAGACAGCAACCAGGUGGACAUACAGACCCCUGCAGAUCUGCAGGACAUGUCUGUGAUGCUGCUACGGACUCAAGGUCCUAGCAGUAUCUUUGCUGACUAUCAGCUUGUCCUACAUGUCUCCGAGUCAGAUGCAGACAAGGUGCGGGUUUUUCAUGCUAUCCGGAGUGACUCGCACCCCCAGUACAAACCCAUUUUGGGACCGGGCAUGCUCUCCUGCACACUAGACUGUGUCAGAAGUGGAGAAAACACCUUCUACGUGGAAGGGUUGGCUUUUCCUGACGCAGGUUUCUCUGGAUUGGUUUCUAUCAAUGUCAGCUUGCUGGAUCCUGGUGUUUUGCCCUUGCAGUAUUCUCCUGGGACCCCCAUUUUCACGGAUACAGUGGUUUUCCGCAUGGCGCCCUGGAUAAUGACACCCAACACCCAGCAGCCCCUGGAGGUGUUUGUCUGCAGCAUCAAGAGGGGAAUCAACUCCAAUGAAGUUUUUCUGGAGGAGCUCCAAGCCCUGCUGAGGAAAGCCAACUGCAAGAUGACCAUCUGCUCCGAACUGGAAAGCCGCAGUGACCGCUGGAUCCAGGAUGAGCUGGAGUUUGGCUACGUGGAGGCACCACACAAGUCCUUCCCUGUGGUCUUCGACUCGCCCAGGAACAGAGGCUUGAAAGACUUUGCUUUUAAGAAGAUCCUGGGCCCUGAUUUUGGUUACGUGACCCGUGUGCCCCGUGGUUGUGACGCCUGUAGUCUUGACUCCUUUGGCAACCUGGAUGUGAGCCCUCCAGUGACAGUGCGAGGCAAGGAGUAUCCUCUGGGACGCAUUCUCAUUGGCAGCCCCCUGCCCUGGUCCUCCGGCCGUCGGAUGUCGAAAGUGGUCAGGGAUUUCCUUUACGCCCAGAAGGUGCAGGCACCAGUGGAAGUCUACUCAGAGUGGCUGAGUGUGGGCCACGUGGAUGAGUUCCUCACAUUUGUGCCUGCAUACGACAGAAAGGGAUUCCGACUCCUCUUGGCCAGCCCCACUGCCUGCUUCAAGCUCUUCCAGGAGAAGCAGAGGCAGGGACACGGCGAGGCCACACAACUUGUGGGGAUUGUGGGCAGUGAGCGGAGGAGCAUUGAUGACAUCUUGGCAGAUGAAGGGCUGAGGAAUGACAACAAACAUGUGCAGCGCUGCAUCGAUUGGAACCGCGACCUGCUCAAGCGUGAGCUGGGGCUGAGUGAACAGGACAUCAUUGACAUCCCGCAGCUCUUCAUCUUGCGGGGUUCUCGUGCAGAAGCCCUCUUCCCAGACAUGGUGAACAUGCUGGUGCUGGGCAGACACCUGGGCAUCCCCAAGCCCUUCGGGCCACUGGUGGAUGGGCAGUGCUGCCUGGAGGAGCGGGUGAGAGCACUGCUGCAGCCCCUGGGGCUCUCCUGCACCUUCAUCAACGACUUCUUUUCCUACCAUGUCCUUUCUGGAGAUGUGCACUGCGGCACCAACGUCCGCCGCAAGCCCUUGGCCAUCAAGUGGUGGCAUGUGGUGCCCUAA